CUGAAAGCGAAAGUAUAUCCAGACUCCUUGACGUGCUACCAGAGCUGGGUCUCUCCUACAAUUUGUUGAGGGUUGUUGGCAGUGGUACAUUCAGUCGAGUGUAUCUUGCCAAGCCAAAGCAAAACACUGUACAGGAUUCAGCCCCUCAGCAUGUUGCCUUGAAACACAUUGUCCCCACAUCACAUCCCUCACGUGUGCUCAUGGAACUCAAGUGUUUGCAUAAGCUUGGAGGUAUGAUGAACACAGUGGGUGUGUGGGCAUGUCACCGACACCUGAACCAUAUUGUGAUAGCAAUGCCCUACUUCUUCCAUGACAGCACAUCAGAUUAUAUGGGAUGCUUGAGUCCAUGUGAGGUACGGGACUACCUAGCUAACCUCCUAGCUGCUCUACAGCACGUUCACAGUCACGGCAUCAUGCACAGAGAUGUCAAGCCAGCCAACUUCUUGUACCAUAGGGCAUCCAACAGGUAUUGCUUGGUUGACUUUGGUUUAGCACAGGAAGUCAACAGCGACAAUGACACUGCCAGCAAAGCACUUGCUGCCUCAUCCCUCCCUCCCACUCCUCACCUCCAGCCCACCCGGCCUGUCAAGAGGAAACUCCCGGUUGAGGUGUGCCACGAAAUGCCUUUGGUAUCUCAGAGCUUCAAGCGUCGUAAGUGCGACACAACGCCCCGCCAGGCCUUGUUGUCUCCUGGUGUUAGAGGCAUCCUCGCCGUGACUUCUUCAGCACGUCUCAACUCACAAAUUCUUGGAGCCCCUGUUCGUCGGUCUCCAAGAAAAUGUGCCAUGCGCAGUCCUGCUAAAGAAAACUCGGAAAUAUGUGUCUCGUCUUCCUACUCCAUAGCAACCCCCACAUCAGCCAUCUCUGCUUGUGCUGAACUUUCAAGAAAUGGAUUCGAUUCCAACAAAUCUAAAAAGCUUCAGAAUUGUGGCGUUAAUCGCAAUUGUCCGGCAAUCAACACCACAAACAGAAAUAAGAACUCUCAACUCGUUGUCACUGAUGUAAAUCAAUCAGAAUCUUUGCCCGCGGUGACUCUGAGCCCAGGUAGACAAUCCAAGCCCAGUGUUGACGGUACAAAUAUUGAUCAAAAGAAAGACAACUCUUUUGACUGCACCUCCACAAACCUCGAGUCUUCAGUGCCAGCUACUCCCCAGGAAAUUACUAAGCGUAACGGCGCCGCCCCUAGCACGGCAACGGUCCUCACAUGCGGGGGUGUAACUCCUGUCAAAAGACGACCCACUGAUCGAGGUGCCGGUGAUUCCUCGCCUGCAGAGUCUGUACCUAUUGUCACGCCUCGAAAAAAUAAGACACAGCAGCUGAACAACAGCUGUUUGUUAGAUUCUCCCAGCAAACACACUCGUUUAGCAGAAGCAGCUCGGAGACAAGAGAAGUUGUAUCCCAACUCUGGAACCGAUCUUCCUUGCAAGCCAGAGUAUGGCAUUCCACCUAAAGUAAAGAAUCAUCGGGACAUGACUGCAUCUCCACUCACCCUCAGUUCGAAAAAUUCUACACGUCACGCACACCAUUGGAAUUCACGUUCGGUGCACGCCGCUGGAUCUGUCAAAGAGUCACCUUGUAUUUCAAGAACAUUUGCUGUUGGUGAAACCAAGUCAAGCUUCAGCUAUAACGCAACGCCCGGUGGCCACCCUCCAGCGUCAGCCUAUAAAUACAGCUGUGCCGACUCAAAUUUUACUAGUUAUCGUCCGGUGUCGCUGACGAAAGGGUCGGAAAUGCACUCCAAUCUACCGAAUUCGUACGCCAAGAAAAGUAGAGAUGAGAAAGAUGUACGCGCCAUGUUUGGAGGGAAAGACAGUGGAGGAUGUCGCUGCUACGGCAGAGGCGAGGUGUGCCGUCGCUGCAUGGCAAGACCUCAGCAGGCGGCUGCUCGCGCCGGCACCCCAGGCUUCCGACCUCCUGAAGUGCUGCUGCGACAUCCUCACCAGCACACAGGUGUGGAUAUGUGGGCAGCAGGAGUCGUGGGGCUAUGUCUGGCCAGUGGACGACAUCCUUUCUUCCGAGCUCCAGACGAUCACACGGCACUGGCCGAACUCUGUACACUGUUCUCCUUCCGAGCCCUGCGUCGCACGGCUGCCGGGCUUGAUAAGCUGUUGCUGUGCAGUGAAGAGAAGCCUGCUUUAGACUUACGCGCUGUGUGUGAGAAUCUUCGGCUACGUUGCGCUCACCGGGGCUUAUGUGUGACUGGAACAACGGGCGAGGAAUCUCUUCAGACGAAGGGUGACGGCGGAUGCAAUAAUGUCAUGGCAGAUCUCAUGAGCCGCGCUGCCGAUUACAAAACCUGCUGUAAUGUUCACAAGACCAACGAAGAAGAUUACAAGAUUCUUGAAGAAAAUGGUCCUUGUCAUAUGUGUGGGCAAGAUCGAGUGUGCUUGUGUGCGUCCGAGUCUCAAGUCAAUUGCAAGAUAAAAUCGGAAUCUUGGAAGUGUGGUGUAAAGAAUUCUAGUCAUAUUGAUUAUUCCUUGACUAAUGAUUCUAAAACUUCGGGGAGACAAUUAGAUUACACUCCUGGAUCAAAAAUUGCGAAGAACGUUUCUGGUGCUAAUGAUACUAUCACACCCACUAGUGAAUAUUUGUCACGACUCUGUAAAAAAAAUAGUGCAAUAUCUCCAUCUAAAUCAUCCGUCAAGCAAGUUGUAGAAUUGCGUCGUCUAUCCAAUACAGUCAUAUCUGAACGAACUGCAACGAAUCAUCACGAGUUUGAAGACUGGCCAGAUGGCAUCAAACGAAAAGAAUCUGACUCAUUAGUCAAUGACAGUACAAUGUGUAAAGUCGAGGAAGUGAAAUAUUGUUCUACCGUGAAACAACCUAGCGUUAACGGUACAUGUGAACCAAUUAACAUUCGUGUCGAUUCUAAACUGCAAUCUUCGUCAACAAAACCUAAAAUGCCUCGGGCUCUCAGUGUUGAUGUGACCUUAGCUAAAAGUUCACCAAAUUUUAGGACUCAGGCCUGCGAUGACUUGAAUAAUUUGAGGCGUCGUAGAGGUCCAAGGCCUUCUUUAUUUGGUAAACCUUAUCCCCGCUCACUUUUCAACCUUAUCGAGCGCUUGCUCGAUCUCAACCCCAACACAAGAAUAUCCGCCGCUGAGGCACUCAAACACCCAUUCCUGCAGGGCGCAAGAAUCAACAGUUGAUGAAGAAUUAUUCCUAUUUCUCUGUUGUACCACAAACAAAAGUAAACUAUUCAGACUUCAUUUUGCAUAAGAUAUUUCAUUGAACACAAUUUUGUUCAUGAAACGGCGAAUCACAUUAACACUAAUUUAGAGAGUCCUUGUUUCUAUUCACUCUAUGGUCGCUAUCUCUGAGAAACAAAAUAUAAAUCGUUGUUAAAACAGACUUCUUUUGUGAUCAUUUAGUCCAGUUAAUCUCAUCUUGGAUGACCCGUGUACGUACAUUAUCCAAGUUUAUGGUAUGUGAUUUUUCGUUGUUAAAAUUUAGUUUUUCAUUUACUUCAUACUUGAUCAAAACUAUAUUGUCUGUAUAGAACUCGAAUUUGGAAUCUAAUCAUGACACAGCGAUCAUGUCAAAUAAUCUUAGCUUGAGUUAAACUUUAAUGUGUGUUGCAAUUUACCGCUUACUAAUAUUAGCGAUAUUUAUUAUAGGAUUGUGAAUGACUUUCGUUCUGAUUUUUGCCUUUGCAAGCUAUUUGAAUCCUUUGCUAUUCGUUUUUGGGAUGUGUUAUUCGAAUGUAAGUUAUUUAUAAUGUGAAUGUAUGCAUCAUUCUGUUUACAAUAAGAGACAUAAUUCAUAAAAUUUCUAUUUUUUAAUAUUUCGUAUCAAUAUCAAAAAUCGUAACAAUAUUUUCUUCAUAAACUCUUAAGUACUGAAUUUUCCCUCACAGUUUCCGAUUUUUUAGUCAAACCAGUGCCUCUACAGGAUCUUGGUUAUGCAUUAUUUUGAUGAUCGGCUAAGUUUUUGGUGUUGUAUCAAGUCUGGCCGAGUAUAGUGCGGAUUCAUAUUUUCAACUUGGAUCGCCAAUAAAUGUCUCGCUUAUGC